GUUAUUUAUAUCAUGUGUUUUGGUUAACGGGCAAUUUUCGCAAACCCAUCGCGAGAAUUCACAGAAACACGAACCAGUUUAUCAGCAAUACGCAGCUGAUUCAACACAGAAAUCACCAACAACCUCAUGCACGAUGAUAGGAACAACACAUAGCAACAUGGAAUGUUUCUUACAAUGUACAAUGGUGUCAAACAUCCGGUUCCUGUUCAGUCGUGAUUCCGGUACAGAAAGUUGCGCCUGCUGUUAUUUCCCUUUAUCGGGAUCUGUUCUUAAUGGUUCAAAAUGGGAAUUUUUCCUCGAAGUUUCAUCUCCUUCACAAUACAAAGAGUACAAACAUGAUGACGUCACAAUAUGUCUUGGGUACAGCGAGAGUUCCAUGAUUUAUCACGCUACCGCGACUUUCUGUCAAACAGAGGGCGGAGAUCUCGUAAAAGUAGAUUCUCCAGACAAGUUCACCAUCUUAAAAGAGUUUAUAAAGGACACGGCUGCCUUGACGAAAGCCAAAGUGUGGGUCCAAGGAGAAGAAGUAAAUGGGGUGUGGCAGUUUCAUGACGGCAUUCCGUUUGUUGAUAAUUUCUGCCCUCUAUCUGAAUCAAACCAUAUAGGCGAGAACCAUAUGAUGCUCGUUCCCCAUUCCAACUUUUCCUGCUCUGAUAUGCUGGCCGACAGGAGUUACAAUUUUGUUUGUGAAAUCAGCUUCAGAUUCCCUUCUCAGUGACAUUAAAUAAAGCAUGACGUCAGAAUUAAGAUAAAUGUGUAUUGGACACUGUUGGUAAUUCUUUAGUAUUCCUAAGUAGAUCGUUAGAAAUCGAAUGAUCCACUGAAAUCAUUAUUCAUGUACAUUGAUGUACUCCUGGAACAAUUUUUCGUUGGCUCAACGAUCAAUAUCCAUGUCACGUGGUAAUUCCUUGAUUGGUUUUAACCGAUGCGAAAAUUGCACAUGUAUGCCGAACAAUAAUUGUACAGAAAUGAUCUUUUUUGUUAAAUUGUAAUAAAUUGUUUAAAGAAG